AACGGUGUAAAGACAUGGCCAUCCUUCCUUCCCUUUCACCAUUAAAGCCUCCCUCAUCUUCUAUGCCCUUACUCGGUCGGGCUGGCUGCGACUUUCUUCCCAUUCUCAACCAAGACACUUCCCAACUUCCCCUAUUCCCGUCCCCAGUCCCGACCCGGCCGUCUCCUCGUAAGCGCGGUUGGCGGGUUAUCACUAGCCGCCACCGCCGAACUCCUAAUGGACAACAAACGCUUAAAAAGAAUCACAUCAGCUCUAUCGCCAUUAUCAUCAUGUUCGUCACUCUACGAGCCAGAUAACGAGCUAAAACACAUGCAAUUAGCAUCAUCAUGUUUAAAAAACAAGAAACGUUUAUCAAAACAACUUUCAAUGUGUGAAACACCAAGAGAACUCGCAUGGGAGAAACGACGACGACGAAUGCUCCGACCUAGAAACGGAAGCUCGACCGAUAGAGAUGACUUAACAGACGAAGAUUGGAAUGAGCUAAAAGGGUGUAUCGAAUUAGGGUUUGCAUUCAACGAGGAAGAUGGACAUAAGUUGUGUGGUACAUUACCAGCUCUUGACUUAUACUUCGCCGUGAAUCGACAGCUCUCGCCGAGUCCAGUGUCGACGCCGCAUAGUAGCACGUCUACGUCGUCGUCGUCGCUCGGGGGACGAGGUUCAUCGUGCGAGAGCCCGAGGGGUGAUUGUGAAACAUGGAGGGUUUGCAGCCCAGGGCAAGAUCCGAAGCAAGUGAAGGCAAAAUUAAGACAUUGGGCUCAAGCAGUGGCAUGUUCGGUAAUGCAAUCAUUGGGAGAAAAAUAAAAAGGGAAUAAUGACGUGUACA